CAACUUCCCCGUACAGGUAGUGCAAUGUACAGACCCUUGUACAUCUUCAUCCUGAACCGUGAACACUUUCUGUUCCUAUCCAAAAAUGAAUUAUCUUUUCUUGCGAAACAGACGAGCAAGAAGGAAGGAAGAAUAUUGAUCAAUUUGUGUCGCGAAAUAUUGGAAUAAACAAAAACGCGAACAAAUACAGUUUUCAGAAAAUAAUAUUAGAUUCCUUUGAUGAUUGAUAAUAACACGAGCAUAACUAAACCAGCAAUCCUAUAAUGAAUCGCGACGACGUGUUAAAGGUUGCUCACAAGGAGGUCGCCUCUAUGAUGGCUUCCGAAUUAAACAGCAUAACAUCGGAAGAAAGAGCUAGAAUUUUGGAUGAUGUUCACGGAGUCGGAMAAAUAUCUCCAGAAGAAGGGAAUCUGAAUGUGAUUCGAGAUAAACUCAAUGAGAUGGAAGCUGUUUUGCGGUCCAUCYCCAUCAAACCAGCAUUCGACGARGCGCAACGCCUUUGCAGAGGUACACCGCACGGACUCGUAAAUAAUCCUUCCUUUCGACUAAAAUUCUUGCGAGCAGAGCGCUUCAAUGUUUACGACGCCGCUCAACGCAUGAUUAACAAUUUAGAGCUUAUACUUGAAACCUUCGGCCCGGAGUGCCUUGUGAGACCCAUACAACUUGGCGAUAUGAUGCUUGAUAGAGAUAAUCAUGGAUCGGAUCCUUUUCUGUUCUCUGGAAAUUUUUUCCAGAUUAUGCCUUUUCGAGAUCGGUCGGGGAGACGAGUAGUUGUUCGUACUGGGAGAAAAGUUUUUAGGAACGACGACAUCGAUAUGGAAACAAGGGUACGUUUACAUCUUUAAUGCGCGCACUUGUGCACGGUCCGUUAUGCUUUUCAAACCCAGUCUCCGCUUGUCUCUACAUUUCCUUACUUUGUUCAUCCAAUUUCUAUACAUCGCUCAAUACGUGACAAGUUGAAAGCUCUCCUUUACGUCUGCCAGGAGUUGGCCAAUGAUGUUGAAUGCCAAAUGAAAGGCGUUGUUUUAAUCGGAUUCCCUCUUACAAAAUGUACGGGAGAUCCUAUUCUCUCUGGACCGGUGAAGAAGAUAUAUAGUGUAUUUGCACAAAAAGUAGUACCAGUGCGUUUAGCCGCUGUUCAUCUUUGCAUUGCAGAUAAUCCGUGGUUCCGACUCGCUUCCACUUUACUUCUACAAGCAUUCUCAAAAGAGUUUCGCUUGCGGUCUAGAGUCCAUAUAGGUGAGAUACCGCAAGCAGUGUACAGCAGCAAUUCGUUGAACUGGUACCGUAAAAAGUGUUUGCUUGAUUCKACCCUCUGUAAUAUUUGGGCGAAUAGAUCUGUUUGCAUAUUGGAACAUCGGCUCAUUCAUUUGCGUCCCGAAACACACUUUCGCAUGAAUCGCGAUUCAAUGAAGGUUCUAUCGAAGAAUGUUCAUACAAAUUAAUGACUUACGGGAUCCCUGGUGAUCAAAUACCGAUAAAGUCUUCCGGUGUCAUAAAGUGUGCAGACCAUAAAAAAUUCAUCGCGUUUUGCCAAGAGCGAGAAGAUGCGAUUUUUCGAAAUGGAGGCGAGUUCAAAGGGAUCUUUUGUCCAGCUUCUAAGGAUAUAUUAGUCGGGAGAGGACCUCGUAUCAAGAGUCACAUCGGAAACGAGACGUAUAGAAUGCUCCUGCAAUCUAAGUACGACGAAUAUAAUGUAGCGACUAUGACGAGGAAGAAACAAAUCCUUUUCGAUAUUGUCGAACAAGUUCAUGUAUACGGUGGGCGUUUCUUGGUACCCACAAAAAACUGCUGGAUGGAAACAGAUGAUGAAACCGCAAGAAACAAGGUGAGCGUUGCAUUUCGUGACGUUCGGAAAAACAUGAACGCAAAAAAGAAUCUGGAAUAUACCGAUAGCGUUGCGGAAGGGCUUUCUAUGGCGAUGAGAGUCGAUGCGAUGGAUUUCGGUUGUAUGUGAGAAAAUUCAUUGCCACAAGAGGCAUGCCGGUGCCGGCCUGCAUUGAAAAAGCGUAGAAUGUAGUAAUUCAGCUUGAGGAACUCCACGCACAAUCAACAUUUUCUUUGUUUUGAAUGAUAUGAUAAUGCCAGAAGGUAAUAAUCAUUGAUAAUAAGAACAGUGAAAGAAAAAUAUCGAUUGGACUCUGACUAGGAAAUGUGGAAUACUUCAGUUUGAAAUUUUACGCGGUGCCAUGCGUCGACAAACGAACUCAAUUUUUGGGAAUUCGUGUGCGUUAUAAGUUAUAGAUACAUAAACCGAACGCACCAAACGAAUGAAUUACAUACUAAUCGUGACAUAUUCCAGACAUACAAGUGUUUAUGCUAAAAAACUACUGGACACACUGAGUGUAUGGGUGAAWAUUCAUUCUUGAUCUCCAUCGGACCUAGGUUAGAGAAAAAGAUGCACUACUUGUUGGUUAUCAAACCAUCCUAUUCUCUAUGGGGGAAUAAAUAGCACUGCAGCCAUUCGUGAGGAGUACAGAACAUAGGGCUCCCUAUUCUGGGCGCUUUGCAACGACGUCACAAUCUGCUGUAUGGACCUAUUCAGCAAAAUUACAAUUUGUGCUUGGCACAYUAGGCGACAAGYAAUGAAAUCAUCAGGGUCGC